AUUAGCACACUAUUUGAUGUUUAUACAACGUGAACACAGUUGAUCUGUUCAACUUUUUCUGUUACUUUAGCUAUAUUUUCGUAAAUGGAUACAGAACCAUCCACCAUUGUUAUGUUCAUAUCGGAUUGUUUCGUAUUAUAAAAUGUGUCAGGUACGUCUUUGUUAUUAAGUCAUAAUCUGUCGAUCAAGAUUACGAUCGUCAAAUAUAACGAACACAAUUAAAUCAGCGUUUUUUUGUAACAAAGUGUAUACAUGCUGGUUUGAAGUGGCCGCCCAGCUGGACUCGUACGUUUAAAGACCUUUAAUGUGAUAUAUAAAGACGCAGAUUAGUGAAACUAAAGAGGGAUAAAACCCGUAUACAGAAAUGAUACCAUCGUGUAAGUAAUGUUAUGCGAAUGACAAAACUAGUACCGUUUUUAUCUUACAACCAAACGCAACGUGUGAAUGACCGUAUUAAUAUGGGAUUAAACAAAUUAAUACAAAAAAUGGUUGCAAUCGUGAAAGUAAUGUUACGCGAAUGACCAACUAUUACCCUUUUUUUCUUACAACCAAACGCAGCGUGUGACUUAGCGUAUUACGAACGCUUGGUUCCUAAGACGCCGGUGAUUAAUUGGACAUUGGCAAUGAACACCAUCUGAACAUUAAAGGACACUUGGUGAGGAUGUUAAGAAAACUACGGCGAUUAGUCAAACUGACCGUGCUUCUGGCCGGUCUGAUAUUGACCAUGACCCUGGUGGCUGGCCCCGGUUUUCUUGCAGGUAAAGGGGACUUUGUAAACAGAGACUCUUCGGACAGAGGAUUACAAAUGACACAGGACGUCCAGAAUAUCAAUAGCUCAAAAGGACUUCAGCCAGUUGUGCCUGUUCGGGUAUCAAACAAGGCGCUGCUAUCGUCAGACGGUUACCGCCUUGCCAAGCGUCUCAGUGACAAAUGUGUUGGCUAUAGCAGACGACAUAUUUCAAACCAAAAAGAGGCUGUGUUUGCGUCAUUCCGUACCGGAAGUACUGACGUCUGUGUCAUAUGGAAGGCUGGAACAACGUUGAUCAGGCGUCUGUUUAUGAUGAAGAACGAAAUUCAGUACCGUGGUAUAGUGAAUCCGUACGAUAUUUAUUUUGGCGAAGAAUAUACACCGAGAGCAAGUAUACGCAUGGAUCCCGCGGUAAAACGAAUGAUUUUCGUUCGGGAUCCUUAUAAAAGACUCUAUUCUGUGUUUAUUGACAAGCUUUUGGCACCAAAUCCAAUCUACUGGACCUUGAUUGGCGUGAACGCAAUACGUUCGACACGCACUAGCCCUUCCCAGAAAAGUUUAACAUGUGGGCAUGACCUUACGUUUGCAGAAUUCAUCAAAUAUGUAAUUUUAACAUUGGAUCCCGUCCUACCAAAACAGUAUGCGCCCGAUGGUCAUUUUAACAGUCAAGUGAAAAUGUGUCGUCCCUGCGCGAUCAAAUACGACUUUGUAGGUAAGAUGGAGUCAUUCCGCGAAGAUUCGCUAGAGUUAGUAAAACAGAUUGAACUUUCCAAUACAACUGCCGACAUUCUUCAAGGGCGUGGCGAUAUGUUGAGAGCAGACGACGCAUUGCGCGAUUCUUGCCACCAGCCUUUUGACUCCACUUUUCGAGGAGGUUUUCCAAAAUGUGUGACAUUUUACGAGGCCCUGCAGAGAGCAUGGAGGAAGAUGCAGAUGAGAGGGUUAAUUGGCGCAAUACCAUUCCCAGUGACGCAAGAACAGGCUAGUAACAUUACUGAAAACGAUUUUGUGAAGCUUGCGAAGGAGGCGCAUGGUAAGUUUACAGAGACUGAAAGAAAUCGACAAAAAGAGGAACAUUUUGCUAAUCUAUACGCCACUGUUUCAAAAUUAGACCUGAAUAGAUUACGUAUUAUACAUAAGGACGAUUUUAACUUGUUUGAGUACGAUGAUAUGCCGUCGUCCAUUUUUGGAUGACAAUGAUUCGCAUGCCAGUCAUUUUGAAUAUACUUUACUAGCUUAUGUUAAGUUGUUUUGUAAUAAAAUGCAUUUUUUGUUAUGCCAAAGGGCUUUCUUUCAUAUACAGAAUAAUUACCAAUAAACAGAGAGUGAACUAAGAA